CAAACAAAAAUAAUUCUCCCCCAUGUCCCUAACUGCCAAACAUAGCCAUCAAUAAUUUUAACUUUAUUCAUUAUCCUUCAUUUCCUUUCCUUUCAUCUCCUUCUCUUCUCUCUCUCUCUCUCUCUCUCUCUCAAACAUAUAAAUUGGAGAGUCUUAGAACAAUUUUAGAUCAAAGAGACGAGAGGUGGGAAAUUUUUUUUAGGGCAUAUGGGUUUUGUUGAAGAAUACUUGCCAGCAAUGGCUAUGUUUGGGCUUCAAGUGACUUAUGCCAUAAUGGCUCUUCUCUCUAGGGCUGCUCUUUUGAAGGGCAUGAGUCCUAGAGUUUUUGUUGUUUAUAGGCAGGCCGUUGCCACUCUCUUUAUUGCACCCAUUGCUUAUUUUUCCAGGUCGAAAUCUAGGAGGGUGUCUAUGAACUUGAGGAGCUUUUCUCUAAUCUUCAUUGCUUCUCUUGUCGGUGUAACGAUGAACCAAAACGUUUACUUUGAGGGAGUUUUUUUAGUUAGUUCGUCAAUGGCGACGGCGAUGACUAAUUUGAUUCCGGCGGUGACGUUUGUAAUAGCAACGAUUGUCGGGAUGGAGAAUUUGAAGAUGGGAAGCUUGAGGAGCAUGGCAAAGAUUGGAGGGACAGUGGUUUGUGUGAGUGGAGCCAUGUGCAUGGCUCUCCUAAGAGGACCAAAGCUUAUCAAUUCAACACAAGGUUUUGGGUUGAAAUCUACAUUAUUUGGUGUGGAAAGUGGAGGCCAAACUGCUUGGUUAUUGGGUUCCUUGUGUCUCUUUGGCAGUUGUUGUUGCUGGUCAAUUUGGUUGAUUUUGCAGGUACCAGCUUCAGCCAGCUAUCCAGACAAUUUAUCCUUAUCAGCGUGGAUGUGUUUGAUGGCCACAAUUCAAUCUGCCAUUCUUACUCUAUUGGUUGAACCAAUCAAUCUACAAACUUGGAAAAUACAUUCAACUAUUGAACUUAUUUGUUAUCUUUUCUCGGGAAUUGUUGGGUCAGGUGUUGCGUUCUUUGUUCAAGCUUGGUGUGUUUCAAAGAGAGGACCUGUCUUCUCAGCAAUGUUCAACCCUCUCUGCACCAUUGUUACAACCAUUUUGGCUGCUAUUGUUCUUCAUGAACAAAUAUUUACUGGAAGCUUGUUGGGGGGCGUGGCUGUGAUUAUUGGAUUGUACAUUGUUCUUUGGGGAAAAGCAAAAGAUUAUGUGAAGGAAGAAGCCAAAUUAGGAAAGCCAAGUUUUGAUCAAAAAGAAGAGAUUUGUGAAUCACUUGAGAGACGAAGCACUGAUCAAAUUGAUUUGGAGGAACCACUUUUGUCGUCUAAAGAAUAAUAUAAUCAUGUGUAUAUUAUAUAUAUAUAUAUAUAUAUAUAUAACAUAUCUUAUAUUAUCCCCUACCUCAAAAUAAAAUUAGUUGUUAGUAUAUUACAUGUCAAUUAUCAAUUUUGAUUUAGUCUUGUU